AUGGAUGGCUUCUUUUCGAAAAAAAAAGACGUAGAAAAUGAUGGCGAAAGUGGGAAGAACAUUGACAUGGAUAGAUUAUCUUUUACGAGCUUUCAUGAAUCAACGGAUGAAGAUUUGUAUAUGUCCGUCCAGCAGAGUCCUUGCCAAUCAAGCUUAAGCGUUUAUGAAAGCACUUCUCUCUUUAUGACAUGUGAGCACAAAAAUGAAGAACAAAGCUGCUGCGAUUCAUUAUCUGCUUUUUCUCGCCUAGAACUCGACGCUACUGCUUGCUAUUCUUCAGAAGACCCCAUAAAUGAUGCUAUAGAUCUUGAAACACAAGAUGAGUUAAAGAAUUUUACAGCUUCUCUCCCCGAUCCAUCGUCUAUGCCGAAACUUCCUAGAAUUAUCGGAGAUAGGCCAUAUUGGGUAGAAUAUCAAGACUGGCUUCGUUGCUUACGGAAUGCGGAUGCUGAAGUGUCGAAAGAUAUGGAAGAACUAAACAUCAGUAUAUACUCUUCCUCUCUUGCUUUGCGAGCUUUAGAGGAGACCCGUUGGUUCAAUGAAGUGUCCAAAGAUCCAGAACUGUCCAAACUAAUACAUGACAUUGACUCUAUAUUCCCGAUCGCCAUGAGGAGAAAGUCUUUUAGCAGCAUUAACGAAGUUUUAGAACAAAGCCUACCUAUUUCUUAUGAUUUAGUAGUUCGCCAUACAGAUAAUUCAACUUUUUAUCUUCCUAAUGUGCCUAUUGAAUCUACUGUCCGCAGCUCUCUGAAUGGUGUUGAUGAUAUUAUCUUACGUAGGAAAACUAAUCCCUACUGGUACAAUUUGGCAUCGCUUGCUCUUCACAGAGCGUUCACGAAAGAUUCGGUUAGAGAUCCUCGAAUGGAGAUUUGGAUCAAUGAUCUCACUGAGAACUAUGCUCAGGCCUUAAGCCUUCCUUCUUCAUCCAACCAUAAUUCUGAGAUCAUUUGUAAUGGGCAGGUAGUUCAUUUACGAGGUUGUGAAGAUUGGGCUCCACCUCGAGAUGCUUGGAUUUUCACACCUUUGAAAGUUGAACCUGUUAAAACUCUAUUGGAACAGCAGAAGUACCGUUGUGCUGGUUGUGGUGUGAAAAUCGAUCAACAAUACUUGAAGCGUGUUCGACUCUGUGAAUAUUAUUGCAAAGUGUUUUGCCAAUGUUGUCAUCAGGGACUAAAAUCAGUUAUUCCUUCGAAGAUCCUCAACAUGUGGAACUUCAAGGAAUUCCCCGUCUCUGAUAGAGCCUAUCGAUUCUUGAAAGAUGCGCGUGAUCAGCCGGCUAUUCAUAUUCAAACUUUGGCUCCUGAUUUGAUUUCUAAAAUAUCUGUUCUUCGGAAAGUUAUACAAAUGAGAGAGAAGCUGGGACAUAUGUGGGAGUUCAUUAAGCUGUGCAGUAUAGCCGAAGAAACAAUAACUAAAUUCGGAAAUCUGAAAACGUUAUUUACAUCUAUGGAAAGGCAUCUACUUGUUUCAAGUGACCUUUUUUCGCUCUCUGAUUUGACUAGAGUAUAUAACAAAGAUCUUGUUAGCUUGUUGGAGCCUAUUGUCUAUUAUGGAAAAUGUCAUAUCGAAAGCUGCUCAAUAUGUAAGGAGUUGGCUUUUGUUUGCUGUCUCUGUUCUGAUGCGACUGAUCUUCUUUUCCCUUUUCAAAUUGAAAAGGUUAAUAGGUGUCGAGCUUGUGGAUCUUUAUCACAUUUAAAAUGUCAUCAGAAGCUGAAGAAAACAAUGCCAAACAAAGCCUCAUGCCCUAAAUGCACUAGAAUUGAAAAUCAAAGAAGACAGAAGCUAGCUCAAAUUGGGGACUCAUGA